GUCUGAGACCGUUGUUCGUUAUAAAUAGAUCCCAGAGGAACAGAGUAAGAUAAAAAAAACAUAGACAUAGUAGACGUGAUAAGAAGAAAGAGGAGGCAUGAGGUGCGAGAAGAGUAAGAUAAUGAUAUUUGGAGCAACUGGUUAUUUCGGCACCUACAUGGUCAAGGCAAGCGCUUCAUCGGCUCAUCCAACCUUUGUUUACGUUCGCCCCGUGAAACCUCAUCAUCCUCCCUCCAACUCAACUUUUGAGUCCAUGGGAGUUACUGUUUUUGUGGGAGAAUUGGAUGAGCACGAAAAGCUUGUUGAGGUGCUCCGUCAGGUGGAUAUUGUUAUCGUCACUUUUGGAGUGCCUUUGAUCCUUGAACAGAUGAAAAUCAUACGUGCUAUGAAAGAAGCUGGCAAUAUAAAGAGAUUCAUUCCUUCGGAAUUUGGCAAUGAGGUGGAUAGAAUAAGUCCACUUCCACCAUUUCAAACGUGUUGUGACAAGAAGAAGCUCAUCCGAAGAGCAGCCGAAGAAUCUGGAAUACCUUAUACUUUUGUUUCUGCAAACUCGUUCGGAGCCUAUUUUGUGAACUCUCUUCUUCAUCCGUAUGAUCAGAACCUCAAAAAGGUGACUGUCUAUGGAACUGGUGAAGCCAAAUUCGGGUGCAAUUACGAAAAAGACAUAGCAGAAUAUACUGUGAAAGCUGCAACAGAUGAACGAGCAGAAAACGGUUUAAUUAUCUACAGGCUACCAAAAAACGUGAUCACACAAUUAGAUUUGAUUUCUCGGUGGGAGAGAAAGACUGGACGCACCAUGGAAAAGACCUUCAUUUCCGACAAAGAAAUGGUCAAGCUUUCGCAAUCCUCGCCAUUUCCUGAAGCCGUGGGAAUUGCGAUAUUCCAUAGCAUUUUUGUCAAGGGUGAGCAGAUGAACUAUGAACUGAAAGAGGAUGACUUGGACGCGGUGGAACUUUAUCCUGACUACGACUACACAACAGUUGAUCAACUUCUUGAUAUUUUCGUGGUGGAUCCGCCAGAACGAGGCGUUGCUGCGUUUCAGUAGUUGAUUUCAUUCUUUACUUUGAUUGCUUAUAGUAAUUAAUUGUAAGCAAUAAGAGGAAACGCUAUAGCUUCAAUCUAUUAAUUCUAUCUUUAACAAUUAUUCUAGUUGUUUGCAUAUAUGUAACGUCUGAAUACUUAUACUGCUAUCAUUUUUACUGUA